AGCAGCCCCCCUUCUCGCCUCGACUUCUCGUCUUCCCCGUCCGUCGCCUUCACCGACCCAACCAAAAACCCCAAAUCCUCUCUCCAAACCCCAACUCACGCGCAACGAGCCGCCGCAUCCAUGGCCGGCGAAGACGGCGCCGCCCCUCCCCCGCCUCCGCCCCCGCUCCCGUCCUACCCUGAGAUGAUCGUGGAGGCAAUCCGCGCGCUGGGACUCGAGGUCAGCUCCAACAAGACUGCGAUCUCGGACUACAUCAGGGGCAGGUACGGCUCCAGCCUCCCGGCCCAGCACAACGCCUUCCUCACGGGUCACCUCGCCCGCAUGAAGGCCACCGGCGAGCUCGCCUUCCUCAGGAACAACUACCUUGUCCCCGAUGACAAGGUGGAGGAGGAGGAGGAGGAAGCCUCCCCGCUGCCCACCGAUGGGCACAAGGACCCCGCCGCCGCCGCCGCCGAGGACUCUAUCGACAUGUUCGACCCCAAUUCCUUCUUCUUCGACUUCGAGGACGAUGGGCUGCUUGCUCCCCCUAUCGUCAUGGACGCUGACGCCGACGACAUUGCCGUGCCUGAUCCAGCUCCCGUUAUCACUGCUGAUGUCAACCCUGUUCCUACCAAGCGGGGACGCGGACGGCCCCCGAAGCCCAAGGACCCCGUUGCCGAGGGCUCCAGUGGUGAGCCCGCUGCAGCUCCCGUCGUCAGCGCUGAUGCUGCUGCCAUGCCUGUCAAGCGCGGGCGCGGGCGUCCGCCGAAACCCAAGAACCCCGUCGCCGAGGACGCAGCUCCCACUGCGGCUUCCGUCGUCAGCGCUGAUGCCAAUGCUGUGCCUGUGAAGCGUGGGCGCGGACGCCCCCCCAAGCCCAAGGACACCAUCACUGUGGCCACCGACCGGGCCACCAGCGGCAUGCUCAGCCCACGUGGCCGUGGCCGUGGCCGUGGCCGCCCGCCCAAGAAGGCCAAGGUCGCCGUGGAAGAUCCCAGUGGUGAGCCUGCUGCAGCUCCCGGCGUUGCUGCUGAUGCCAGUGCUGUGCCUGUCAAGCGUGGGCGUGGACGGCCCCCCAAGGUGAGGCCUGCAGUGGUUGGGGCGCCGUCUGAGUCUUAAACCACGCACGAUGAAUCUUGUGAUGGUAAUGGUUGCAAGGUUUGGUAGUAGCCUGGCUCAUCAAAUUGAGUUCUGCACUAACUUUUGCAGUUGGUUAAAUAGCGUCGGUUAAAGAGUACUCUCAGUAAUCUAGAUGUGUUUCUGUAGUCUGUACAUCGAAUGGUGGGUGAUGUGUAAUAGUUGACUGCUGCUGAGAGCGAUUUAAUCAGUGCUAUUUUCCUCCUUGUUUCUGCGUGCUAGUUAUGAUGAUGAUAUUUGCAA